CCGGUCUAUUGAUUGAGUGUGGCAGAAUUUCUACAUCCCCAAAACUUCCAAAAUCCCCAAUCUUUCUACUCCCUCAUUUCACACAAGUUCACAUCUCCUUAUCACAAAUAUAAAACAUAAAAUAUAAUAUACACACAAUACAAUACGCUCCUUAUUUACAUCUUUGUCACUGUUUAUGCACUCAAACUGUUUGAUAAAAGUCUCGAAUGAGACUGACUUCAUUAUAGUAACAAAUCUUGCAUCUGGGUAUCAAUCUUUUUAGCUGUAGAUUCAAGAUUAUAUAUAUAUAUGGCAGUGCCUUGGAGUAUGACACUAUGGAUGGUGAAGAUGGUUUGGAUGGCUUUAAGUGGUUGGGUUAUAUCUUGUAUGACUGUCGCUGAUGAAAUUGCUGGGUCUCUUCGUAAUGGUGAUAUUGGUCCUUUUCAUGUUGGUUAGAUAGAUCCUUAAAGUUGGUAUCUUUUUUGUCAAUCUAAGCUGGUUGGUGUUACUGUUUGUUUCAGUUUGGAUAUUUAUAUCGGACUCAAUUUUAGUAGAGAGCCUUCCUUGUCAUGAAACUGAAGCACUUCAAGAGGGGGUUCUGCCUGUGAAGAUAUUAUCGCAAACAUUUAUAGCAAAUGCUAGUUCAUUGUAGUACAUAUAGGGAAAUGACAGACCCAGCUAGUUACUGCCAAGUAUUGAUGGUAUGUCAUGCGUAUCUAGAGUUUGAAUUUCAGCGUUUGUGAUGUAUAGUAUGAAACGUUACAUGCAAGAUUUGUUUCUGUAAAUGAUUUUUAAUACAUGUUAAUACAUGCUCAUCCCCGCUUCAUGCUUAA